GGCCCUUGUCUUCUGUUGUUACAUUUGGUGUCGCUGCCUACCGACAAAUGGAAAGCCUAUGCCCUGCUGUUUUCGAUGGAGACAUAUGGAUCUUCGGGCAGGACUUCAAGGCUUCUGCGCAGUUGAGUGGCGUUCAAGAUCUGUCAGCGAUGGAGCUGCUACUUGGGACGCUGCUGGGAGGUCGGGUGAAAGCAGCAUAUGAAAGUGUGAGCCGAAGUAUGGACGAAUGUUCGACAGGGUCAGGCAAACAGUUUCCAAAGUGGGAAGGACCAUAUAUGGUCACUUCGAGAUGGGGUUACGCAGACACAGUCGCAAUGGCGAACAAUGAGAGGCGCGUGAACGUCAGCGAGCUCCAGAAAUGGAUACAGCGAGACAAGCCAACGAUGACGCCUGCACCAAGUAGAUCAAGCCGACUUCAGUCGCACGUAUUUGACGGGGGGACGAGUGUGGUGAGAGCAGGCUGCUAGCCGAUUGGUUGGCACUAAUCUACGUUAAGGUCUAGGUCACUAAUAUGGGCCGUGAGAAAAUAUGAACAAGGCUGUUUCAACAACCAAUCACAGCAAAUUUAAACGUGGGCAAAUAUGAUUCGCAGAUAGAUGGCUCCACUUUCCGAGGAACUCGAAAACAACCAAUCAGAAGACUGCGUUUGUCUACUUGACUAGGC